AUGCCGGAUGACGUCACAACCAUUGCUCACCGCGCCCUGCGGCCGGGUCCAUUUUUGAUCUUUUUUUAUCCUUUUCUCAUUUUUGUUUUUUUUCCUGGAACGAGGCUUUUCUUCUUCCUUAUUCUCACACGAGAGCAAAUAUCCGCCGUCAAUCAUUUCUGGAAGUACUCUCCUUUCCCCGGAGCCUAUUCCUUUCUCUUCCGCAUUUAUUAUCCGAUUCCAUGUUUCCAUUUUUGCGAUAAUUUUUGCUUUCUAUUAUCAUUUUUUAGCCUUUCCUUUCUUCUUGAUCUGGAAACCUGGGGAUAAUAUUGGGCAGGUUUUAUAUGCUACAAGUUUAUUACUGGUCGAUUGGGGUUGCGGGUGCAUAAUUUUCGGUCGUGGCACGGUCAACACCUGUCUCGGUCUUUUUUUUAUCAUAUCAUAGCUGUUUUUUGUGACAACGUACUGGUUACUUGCGUUCACCCUAUUAUUUUUCUAUUUCUUUUUUUUUUUUUUUUUUUUUUUUUUUUAGAAAGGCGAGCUGGGGUGUUUUUUUUUCUUCUUUCUUUCUACUGAGAGGAAAUCAUAAACAUGGAAGGGAUGGCGUUUUUUUUCGCAAUUGCGCACUCCGCUUUGCUUUGGCUUUGACUUUUUCGCUUUUGUCUUUGGGGCUGUCUGGUGUUUAUCGCUUUGUAUAUGCCAUGUGCGAGUAUGAUCUGUGUCUAUCUCUAUGUAUGCGCAAGUGUAUUGCAUGUUGUAUGAUUCUGUACGAGUAUAUGAGGUUGGCUUAGACUUUUGGGGGUUGGUAGAAUUUUAUUCACUACUACUGCUAAGUCACUGGUAGCAGGGUUGCGGUAAUGUUAUUAUGAUAAUACUCUUA